CGCCCCCGCGCACCGCCAGAGCCGCCCGGGGAAGCGGAGGAGAAGGAGCGUCUCCCCCGAGCCCCGGCCGCGACGGCGCGGCGCCCCUGGCGAUGCUGAGGGAGAAGGAAGAGGAGGAGGAGGAAGGGCGGCCGCUCGCCGAAUAGAGGCGCGGCGGGAGUGGGGCCAGGCACCUGCUCUGCCCCGCCGGGCUGCGGCAGAGCUCCGCGGGGCGACCCGCCGCGACCCGACCCGCCGGCGGCCCCCCGCGCCCGCAGUCGGGAGCGCCGCCCUCCCCGUCCGCCCGGCGGAGGAGCGCGAAGGGGGCAGCCCCGCCGCCAUGCGCUGAGCGCCCCCGUCCAUGGGGCGGCGCUGAGGGGCGGCGCGGCGGGAGGGCAGGAUGAAGUCUCUGCUCUUCAGCCGCUUCCUCCUGCUGCUGCCCUGGGUCCUCAUCGUCAUCAUCGUGCUGGACAUCGACAGCAGCCGGCCGCCGCUGCCCGCCUUGGCCCCCCGCGGCGGGGGCGGUAGCGGGGGGGCCCGGCCGGCAGCGGGGCGGGCUCCCCCCCCGCGGCGGCCGGAGGCGGCGCUGCCCACCAUCUAUGCCAUCACGCCCACCUACAGCCGCCCGGUGCAGAAGGCCGAGCUCACCCGCCUGGCCAACACCUUCCGGCAGGUGGCGCGGCUCCACUGGAUCCUGGUGGAGGACGCGGCGGCGCGCAGCGAGCUGGUGAGCCGCUUCGUGGCGGGAGCCGGCCUGCCCUGCACCCACCUCCACGUCCCCACGCCCCGCCGCUACAAGCGGCCGGGGCUGCCCCGCGCCACCGAGCAGCGCAACGCCGGCCUGGCAUGGCUGCGGCAGCGGCACCAGCACCUGCCCCCGCCCCAGCCCGGGGUGCUCUUCUUCGCCGACGACGACAACACCUACAGUCUGGAACUCUUCCAGGAGAUGCGCACAACCCGCAAAGUAUCGGUAUGGCCCGUGGGACUGGUAGGAGGACGACGGUAUGAGCGCCCGGUGGUGGAAAACGGCAAAGUUGUUGGCUGGUACACUGGCUGGAGAGCUGACAGGCCCUUUGCUAUCGACAUGGCAGGAUUUGCUGUGAGUCUUCAAGUGAUUCUGUCGCACCCGAAAGCCGUAUUCAAGCGUCGUGGUUCUCAACCAGGAAUGCAAGAAUCCGAUUUUCUGAAACAGAUAACAACAGUGGAGGAACUGGAACCAAAAGCAAACAACUGCACAAAGGUUCUUGUAUGGCACACACGAACAGAAAAAGUAAAUCUAGCUAACGAGCCAAAAUACCAUCUGGACACAGUCAGUAUUGAGGUAUGACCUGGAGAGAGAGUUACACGGGAAGUACAGGACAGUGGACGCGUCAGAACG